UGCCCUUAAACCCGGAAGAUCGCGUAGAGCACCCACGUGUGUAUUCUGCUCAUUGGAAAUUAACGAUUGUGAAUGUAAUUUUAUGCAUACCUUUAUUUUAAUGUUUGUAUUUUCAGAUGACGUCGAUAAAAGGAUGGACAUCACAUUGAUAUGAAUGGAACUACUUCCCAGGUGUUAAUAGUUCCACUGAACUUGAUCGUUCUUCUAUGCAUUUGGGGAACUGGACAAUCAGGCUACAUUUUAACAAGUAUUAGCAUCUGAAGAAGAUAGUCUUUUAAUGUAUUUGCAGUUAUUUCUCAGGUACACAUGUUCACAUUAAGUAUGUCAGGAAUUACAUUGAACUUGACCUUUAAUGCACCCAACUAUGAUGAGAGCCAACAGAAAGGCAAAGAUAAAGCCAAAUACAAAAGAUUUAUUAGGAAGAGGAACUUACUGGAGCAAAAGGGGCUACUAAAAAAAAAGCAAAAUGCAAAUAACUGUCAAAAAGGGGCAUAUAGAAACAAGCAGUGGCAUGAGAAAAACAAGCAAAAGAAGGAUUCUCAAACUUGUGCUGGGUACCACAAAUCCUCUACCUCUCAGGAAGAAUUGUCCACAAAUCCCUGCAGUUAUCCCCAAGCCCAACAUGAAAACUCUGUUUCACGGACUGUCAAGGAAUCCACAGUGCCUUCAAGUUCUGAAUCUCAAAGACAGUCCUCUUCAGCAGAUGUAGCAGAGUGGCUACAUCUGCAGGCAACAUCUGCAGGCAACCCACUGAAAUAUAUAGCCCUUGACUGUGAGAUGGUAGGCACAGGGCCCAAAGGCCAUUGCAGUGAGCUGGCCCGUUGUAGCAUAGUCUCCUAUGAUGGGGAUGUCAUUUAUGACAAGUUCAUCAAGCCUGUUAAUGCUGUCACAGAUUUUCGUACCCGCUGGAGUGGGGUAAGAUGGCAAGAUCUCCGCAAUGCGACACCCUUCAGACAAGCCCAGAGAGAAAUUUUAAAGAUUCUCUCAGGGAAUGUGGUUGUGGGUCAUGCCAUCCAGAAUGACUUGAAGGUUUUGCACUAUUCCCAUCCUGCUUUCCUUAUACGAGACACGUCGCGUAUUCCGAUCCUGAAUCGGAAAGCUGGACUGCCUGAGAAGCAAGUUGCUUCCCUGAAGAAACUCACAAAGAUUCUCUUCAACAAGGAUAUACAGGUGGAAAAGAAAGGCCACUCAUCAGUUGAAGAUGCUAAAGCCACAAUGGAGCUUUAUAAAGUAGUUCAGGUGGAGUGGGAGAGGAUUUUGGCCUCUAAACCUGGUUCCUAGAGAAAGAAAACAUCCUGGAUGAUGCCAGUUUUUUAUUUAGUGAGGCAAACAUUGUUUCUUUUAAACCAUACCUUUUUCACUGUCCUCUCAUAUAGGCAUGAACAAUCAUUUUUCUAUACCACAAGGGGGCACAGUUAAUGAGACUUUAGCAGCUGAUGUAAAAAAACUCAUGCUGUGUUCUCGUUCCAGAUUAUCAGUUUAAAGCAGUAAACUCUGCUCUUAGUCCAAGCUGUUAGUAGUCUAAUUACGAUUUCAGUUUCGGUGAUUCUUGAAUUCCAGGUCAACUGAAAUUCAAAAGAUUAAAAUAUUUAAUUAGAAUGGCCACAGAAGUCAUACACUCUCUCUCUCUCUCUCUCUCUCUCUCUCUCUCUCUCUCUCUCGCUCUCGCUUGCGCUCUCUCUCUGCUGUGGAUAGCAGGGUGAAAACACAUCUGAGAAAUUCUGCCACCCUUCCAGUUAUGUUCAUCAUUGUUCUGAUGUCAUGAAUCCUGCACCACAGCAUUAAUAAUUGAGCCCUUGCAACAAAAAACAUAUCAGUAAUUUCCCCUUUUUGUAUAAUCAGUUAUUUUAUUUUUUGAUUUUUUACAACUUUUACAUUAAAUUACAGUAAAAUGCUAAAUGCUUUAUAGACUUCAUUAAUGCGGGCAUUUACAAAUAAAACUUGAAAUAAUGCUUUAUAUUAUUGCUUUUAUUUUGUAGAAUGCAGAAAAACAGUAAAUGAACAUGUAUGAUUUUUCAUUGCAAGUGCUCAAUUAACUGCCACCCUCCCAGAUCAUCACUGAAAGAUUUUUUUUCAGUCAAGCCGUUCACUCUCAAAUUCUGUUCAUCAAACAUUAUUGUAAUUUCAUGGAUCCAAGCCGGUUAGGUACAGUAUGCUUAAUGCAUCAGGAACACCUUGCAUGAUAUAUUUUAGUAAAGAAAUUCCUUUAGCCUUGUUCCUGGACUCCUAUGCACAGUUGGACAUCUGACUUGUCUGAGUCAGCUUGUGAAAGAAUCACAGCUGGUGUGAUUUUCAGAUGGUGACCGGUAAAUGUGGUCAGAAAAUGUUUUAACACUUUUCAGCACCAAAUAGUGAAUUCUCAUUCGUCAUAGUUACUUCUGAAAAUAAUUGGUUUGUGUACUCUUCACUGUUUUCUUAAGAUUAUCCUAUUUUGUUUUUUUAUUAAAAAAAGUUGAUUUUAGAAA